CGCACCUCCCCGCCCCCUCCUCCUCCGAGUCCGCCCCCGGCAUCAUGGAAACUGGGCCGCCGGCCGACCCCCUGGCUCCACGCCACAUUCUUGCCUCUGGGGGCGGGCGGGACACGAAGGCCGGGCAGUCCCCUUUGGGCCGGUCCGCGGGGGGCGCAACGGAUUUCCGAACCCGCCUCCUGAUUUAAGAUGAGCACCGCCUCCCCACUCCCGCUGGGCAGCAUCUUCUUCGGGGAGGCUAGGGCGGCCGGCGACGCUCCAUCCGAUUCCCUCGGCUCUGAGAAUCCGGUUCUUCUCUAUUUACCCUCCCCGUGAUUGGAGCAGGGCAUAGCCACCCACUCCAGUAUCCCUGCCUGGAGAAUCCCAUGGACAGAGGAGCCUGGAGGGCUACAGCCCAUGGGGGUCCCAAAGAGUCGUACACGACUUAGCAACUAGACAAUAACAAAGUGAUUUCUCUCCGGAGCGCUCGGGGGCGUACCCGGGCUAUGCCCCUCUAGUGUGCCCCGCCCUUAACGCCGGAUUUUCAACCCUCGGCAUCUUGCGAAGCAGAGACCAUCACGCCCAUCUUACAGAGCGCCCAGACGGCGACGAGAUGACGGCCGGGAGCCCCGGAGACUGCGGGGAGGUGCGGAGGAGCCCCGAGGGCCGCGUCUCGCGCCUGGGCCGCCGCCUGGGCCGCCGCCGGCGCGCGCGCUCCCCUCCUGAGCCCCUGCGGGUGCGGGCGCGGCUGCGGCUGCGCUCGCCGUCGGGGGCGUUCGCGGCUCUGGGGGCGCUCGUGGUCCUGGUGGGCAUGGGCAUCGCGGUGGCCGGCUACUGGCCGCACCGCGCCGGAGUCCCGGGACCCCGGGCUGCGAACGCCAGCGCGCCUCCUCUGAGCGAGCUGCGGCGCGAGGGUCGCGGCGCCGGCCGAGCUCACGGCCCGCACGAGCGGCUGAGACUCCUUGGGCCGGUGGUCAUGGGCGUUGGCCUGUUCGUGUUCAUCUGCGCCAACACGCUGCUCUACGAGAACCGCGACCUGGAGACGCGACGGCUUCGCCAGGGGGUGCUGCGGGCUCAGGCGCUGCGGCCCCCGGACGGCCCGGGGUGGGACUGCGCGCUUCUCCCCAGCCCAGGCCCCAGGACUCCCCGAGCCGUAGGCUGCGUGGAACCAGAAAGCUGGGACCUGUCCCCGCGUCGGGGUACCUCACCCGUCCCGUCAGUGCGGAGUCUGCGUUCAGAGCCAGCUAAUCCUCGCUUGGGGUUACCUGCCCUGCUUAACAGUUACCCGCUGAAGGGCUCAGGACUGCACCCACCCUGGGGUCCGCGGCCCCAGGCCGGCCAUGUGAUCAUCACCGUGCAGCCCUCUGGCUCCUGCAUCGAACAUUCCAAGUCUUUGGAUCUGGGCCUUGGAGAGCUCCUGCUGGGGGCCCCAGCGGCUCGGGACUGUGCUCACCGAAGUUGGCCACGGCUGGACCGCCUCAGUUUGGGGGGUUAUGCCAAGUUGGGAGCAGGAGGGGACUUGGGAGCCCGGGUCUGAGGAGCAGGGGGACAGCCUGCUGUGAGGCUGCAGCGUGGACCGUGGUACAGCCCUAGGAGUCCCGAUGUCUAGUAGAGGUUUCAGUCACAUCCCAGCCAGGGGGGAUGAUGCUCCCGCCCCAACAGCUGCCAAGGCCUCCUGACUUGCAUGUCGGCAAAGAAAUGCCAACUGCACAAGGGUUCAAAAAGCUAGAGAGGAUGUGUUUUAAUGUGGACCCUGGAGACCAGCAUGACUCAGCCUCAGGAAUUCCUUCAGCCUCCAAAAGUGGCCUUAGCCCUGGACAGGUUCCUGAGGGGGCUGGAGGUCCAGGGGAUGCAUCUGGUGGGUGUCUUGGCAAACCCCAAGGAUCCUCAGACCUGGAAGGUAGGUCAUGAUGUUACAGGCUGGGGCAGGCUCCCUCCAAGGUGGCACUGGUGCUGGGGUUUGAGCCUCUGGGAAGAUGGGCAAUGCGGUAGAGUUGAGACCUUCCACUGCCAUCUGGGACUGAGCCCUUAACUCUCACCACCUAAACCUCUUUCUCCCUCAGCCAUGCUGGGUACAUCCCGGUAAGGGCUACACUACUGCCAAUGCGUCUAUACGAGGGUCUGCCCCUCCCCAAACAGGUCUGAGAAGCCCCCUUCUCGCCUUUGUCAUGGCCCAUGCCAUGAAAUCUUUCUCCAGGUGGCAAAAAGCAUUUGUCAGUUCUCAGAAAUCCUUUUAUAUGUUGAAGCACCAUUUUGGUCAGUGUGGCUAGCUUUAGAAAAUGGCUUGGAUUUGGGUCUCCCUGACCCAUGUUUUUCCUAAGUUGCUAGUAGGGGAAGAGAACUUUAAGAGUUGAUCAAUCUUCACAGAGUCAGUUUUGUGGUUUUUUUUUAAGUUUAUUGAAAAAUGCAAUACAAGAAGAAGCAAGACCAAACAGCAUCUAAACACUACCACUUCUCUUACUACAAAAGGCCAAGAUGGCAGACCUAAAUAUUGCCUAUUUAAUCUAAGGUUUUUGUCAAUUCGAUUCGGCUGCCAUAGUUUCCUAUUUUGUCGAGAAAUGUAAACAACUACUUGAUAUGAUUCAUAAUUUUUUUUUUUUAAAUUUACAAAGCUCCUUCAUUUUUGUCACCAAAAUAAAACAUUUGAGAGAGAUUUGUAGAACCAGCCAGCCUGGGGACUGAGAUACUGGGCAGGUAUUUCCCAUGAGCAUUCCUUGGUGUUGGUCAGGCUGUAGCUCUGGCUCCAUUUCCAAAGGUGGACUGUUGCCUCGCCACCCUUAGCUGCCCCGAAGAACACACGGUGGGGACUGGGGGCGGGCAAAGAUUCCCUGACAGGUCCCUGCAGCCAGGCUCUGUGGGCCCUCAGCUGAUAAAUUCAGGUCCUCCUUUGUGGGUGGGUGGGUUGACAGAGACCUCAUGUGGCUUGGAGGAAAUCUUUAUUUCUCAAGUGGAAUAAAAAUCAAAUUGCAGCGAGA